GUUUGUUUAGAAAAAAUGGAAACUUUGGAAAGCCAAAGCUGUAUGUGGUGGCCCUUUCAUUAUAAGAGAGAAGAUGAAGAAGGAGAGAGUUAAGGCAUAAGCAAUUAGGGUUUCUUUUGGGAGUUCCUAAGACAAGACAACAAUGGCUCUGUUUUUCAGCCGAAUCUCCAAGCUUUCUACUGCUUGCAGGGUUUACAAUGCUCGCUUCUUCUCAUCACUUCCCGAGUCUCCGUAUCUGCUGCUGAGCGAUGAGACGGUGGGAGAGUCUUCGGAGGGUGGCAGAAUUGUGAACCAUAAGUUAUUUGAUCCGAGGACGGAAGCGAUAGUGAAGAGCAGAGAGAAGACGCUUCCCAAGGAGCUCGAAGGGGAAGCUAUCCUGGGAGCAUCUCAAGGAUGGGAUAGAGAGAUUAAGCUCUGCUUUUUAUCUGGUGCAGGAUCUGGGUUUGGUUAGUUUAAUAAGUGGUCGUCUUGCCACUCAAACUCUCUGAUUUGUCUUGGGUGUUGUGUUCUCCAUCAAGUCCACUUGGGUCUACAUUGAUCAUUUGUUAGGAUUUGUAUUUCCUGAUGUUGUUUCCACUUAGGUUUGUUUAUGUUUUGGCUUCAUCAUGCUACUCUCUUGCUAUUCAGAUUAGGACAUCUUGGUUCAACGAGAACCACUUUGAAUUUUAAUAUAUAUAUAUAUGAUCCUGUGUUGGCUCUGUGUUAAUUGAUGAAAUACACAAACAAAUAUGAAAAGAUUAA